CUGCUCUCGGCGGAGCGGGGCUAUAGCCGGGCGCGGGGCGGCGGGUCCUGGGGAGCGUGGAAGGAUGGUGGGAUCCAGCGAAAAGGAGUCGUGGCGGGGGCGCUACUACCGGCUGGAGGAGGUGCAGAAGCACAACAACAGCCAGAGCACCUGGAUCAUCCUGCACCACCGCAUCUACGAUAUCACCAAGUUUCUAGACGAGCACCCAGGUGGUGAAGAGGUCCUCAGGGAGCAAGCUGGGGGGGAUGCUACUGAAAACUUUGAGGAUGUUGGCCAUUCCUCAGAUGCAAGGGGACUGUCAGAAACCUUUAUUAUUGGAGAACUUCAUCCGGAUGAUAGAGCGAAGCUUCAGAAACCAACAGAAACUCUCAUUACCACUACUCAGUCCAAUUCCAGUUCAUGGUCCAACUGGGUGAUCCCGGCCAUAGCAGCAGUCAUCGUGGCCCUGAUGUAUCGUUCCUACAUGUCAGAGUAAGCGCCUUACUGAGAACUAGUGCAAGAGACUCGUCCUGAGAGAAUAUAAGCAAUCGUAAAAAAAUAUUUCAGGGUGUUUGAUGCCUGAUGUCUGAAGAAAAAUAAAACUUUUUCAGAAAACUCAACAGUUCUUUUCUGCUGUGCACUUUUCUUAAUGUUGCCUUCUUAUUUGCUAUUCUGAAGUGAUAAAAAGGCAGCAUUUCUGUUUUCAUGUAACAAUUUUAUUCUCUAAUGAAUAACUGUAUUGGUUUCUGUGUUAGAAUAUUAUUGUUUAUGUAACUCUUGAUUCUGAUUUUCUCUUUAAUCUGUUAUGGGGUCCAUAGGACUCUCUUUACAUAUAAAUUUUACAGCUUUAAAUGACUACCAAAACUGUGUACAUGUGUUUGUCCAUGUAUGCGACUUAAGAAAACAAUAUUAUUACUUUUAAGCUAAAUGUAGUAUGUUUCAGUGAAAGGCUAAUUAAAUGUAAUGGGGGGAAAAAGCUGAGCGAACUAGUGAGUAUAGGUGCCUGUAAGCAGUUGGACCAUACCAAUAAGGCUAUAAUGAGCUGAUUUUUUUUUUUCCCUUUCCUCUUAACACCUGCUCUUAUAGUUGUGGAUACUCCUACUAUCAAGUUGUUCUGUUUGGCUCCACUUGAAAAAAUCAGGCACAGUGUGAAACCCACCAUUUGGCCCAGUUAGUUACAUCUCAGUUUUGUGAAAAGUAGCCCUUUUUUGCAAAAAAUGUAGAAGAAAAUACUAUGUGAAUUCCACUACAAGUAAUUUAACUGCUACUAAAUAAUACUGUUGCUGCCAAGCACUCAGGUGACUGUAGAAUUUUUUCUGGAAAUUUUAGACUUCUAUGAAAUCUUUGACUUUUUCAUGAACAUUGUGAGGGGAAAAUCCAAUACGUAAAACUUUUCUCACUGCUCUGUGAUGUGUUCCUUGGUGCUUUACUACAAAGAGAUGACUUAUUUUCACUGAUAAAUACCAGACAACUGAAAGUUUGCAUUUUGUGUUGAACAUUUUUAGUCAUAUGUAAAUGAUCAUGAAUAAAAGUUUAGUUGUUUACUCUU